AUGGCUCCCGACCCAGCACCUCCCCUCCCCCUAGCCGCAAACCGCGCCGCCCUAUCAAACCGCAUAUCCCUCCUCCUCGCCUCCCAAUCCUCCGUCCUAAAGACCAUGAACCUCAGCAAGCCAACUGCUCCCACAACCAAGCGCCGCGCUAUACCAGAAAACGACAACGACGACGAUCUCGUGCGCGGCUCACGACCGAAUGAAGGCGUAGGAUACGUCCCGGAUAAGAAGGAUGCGCAGAAAAUUGGGAAUACGAAGGAGGAGAGGAUGUUGAGGGGGAGGUUGGGUAGGGAUGGCAAGGUCGUCAAGAAGGGAAAGGUGGAGGAGAGUGAGAGUGAGGAUGAUGUUGGGAGGAGUGCGCUGGGAAAGAGGAAGAGGCCGCGGAGAGAGGUUGAACCUGAACCUGAACAAGAGCCUGAGAAAGAAGGUGAAUCUACGGUAAUAGUUGAGAAGAUUGUCGAGGUCGAUGGUGACGUCAGUAUGAAAGACAACGAGGUCAAGGAUGAGGCGCAAGCAGUGACACCAAGCGAUGAAGGUGCAAACAAGAAGCGCAAGAAGAAGAACAAGAACAAGAAGAAGCAAAAGGUCAAGAACGGGGAAGAGAAGUAG